AUGGGUCACGAAUCUUCAGGUGAAGUCAUCGCUGUGGGUGAUUUGGUGAAAUCGCAUAAAAUUGGAGAUAGAGUUGCCAUCGAACCUGGACUUCCUUGUCGAAGAUGUAUAAACUGUAAAGAAGGAAGAGUCAAUAUCUGUCUUGAUAUGAGGUAUUGCGGUGCACCUGGAUCAGUUGGAUCUCUAUCUAGGUACUUCACACUACCAGCCGAUAUGGCUCCUCAUAUCCCUGAUCACGUAUCAUGGGAUGAAGCUGGGUGUAUCCAACCUCUUGCUGUCGGUGUACAAAUUGGUAAACGAGUUGAUCUCAGGCCCCACAAAACACUUGCCAUUUUCGGUUGUGGACCCAUCGGUUUGAUCACUGCAGCUGUCGCCCACGCCUACUCUGCCCGUAAGAUUAUUGCAUUCGACAACAACCCCGAUCGAGUCGAGUUCGCCAAGAAAUACAUCUCCCCUCUAACUGGCAAACCAAUUAUCGACCAUGUGUUCCUCAUCGGCGACCUACCCACCGAAUCCCUCAACAACCAACCUAACGGUAAUGGUCUAGCGCACAAGCUGGCCGAAGAUGGUUCAGGUGCUGGGAUCGGUGAUGGGGAGAUCAACGAUCACGAAGAUCACGAGGAGACUUUAGGUGAUAGAAAAUGGGAACAAGCCAAGAAGAUCGCUGCUGAGUUUGCGGAAAAGGCAGGUCUGUUAGAGGAAGAAGGUGUAGAUAGAGUUGUGGAAGCUACUGGUGCGGAAGAUUGUAUGUUGUUGGGUAUAGCUAUUGCUAAACAGGGUGGUACUUACCUCGCUGUAGGAUUGAGUCAUAUUCAAACCAACAACUUCCCAACUCUUGCUGUCUCAAAUAAAGAAAUCAACGUCAUGGGACUUACUCGAUACACCGCAUCGUGUUUCCCCUCUGCACUCGACAUGUUAAGUAGAGGAGUUGUCGAUCUCAAACAACUGCUCACCAAGACUUUCCCCCUGACUCAAGCUACCGAGGCGUUCGAGGCUGUCGCUGCGGGUGGUGAUAUGAAAGUCAUCAUCAAGAACCAAGAGGGUUUCGAUAACUAG